AUGCCUCCUUAUAGAGCUAAUGCAUGGAAUGAUAAUGCACACAAUGCUAAGGCAAUUCCUCCAGUCUCAAACAAUGAGGUUACGAAUGGAGAAUUUUGGAAUAUGAUCCAACUCUUGCCUCAGAGUGUGGCCAAUCAGAAUAAUCAGCAGGUCCUAGUUCCUACUAACACAAAUGGUAGAUCAGCUGCAGCUAGGGUUCAAGAUUUUGUUCGGAUGAAUCUGCCAGAGUUUCUGGGGUCGAAGAUUGGUGAGGACCCACAAAACUUUAUUGAUGAGGUUAAGAAAAUUCUUGGAGUAAUGCAAGUGACUGGAACUGAGAAGGAACAUAAAGGGAUAGCAUUAGGCUCUAAGUCACAGGUAGUGCUUCAGGUAAUCAGACAUUUCCAACUUGCCCAAAGUGUGGUAAGAACCAUCCGAGAGAGUAUCUUGCAGGCAGGGAAGGGUGUUUUAGGUGUGGGGAAAGGAGGUAACAAUAAUAGGGCUCAGUCUACAGCUCAAGCAGCACCAACAGGUCGCCCAACUCAGCAGGGUGCUUCAUCUUGUACAGGUGGCAGUCAGCGCCAGAACAUGUUGUAUGCUCUCCAGGCUUGCCAGGACCAGGAAAUUCUCUUGAUGUGGUCACUGAGUGAAGAGGAGCACGUGAAUCAUGUGAGAGUUAUUCUGCAAACACUCAAAGAUCGCCAGCUAUUCGCUAAGUUUAGCAAAUGUGAAUUCUGGUUACAGUAUGUCGCUUUCCUUGGUCAUGUGGUUAUCUGGUGGGAAACGAAAAUCCAAGCCCUCGAAGAUCUGGAAAUUCUCCACAAUAAUGUUCAAUGCAUGGAAGAUCUUAAUAGAGGUCAAGCAGAAUAUGUAAAAUGGAUGGGUAUACAGGAAAACCUUCUCAAACAAAAGGCUAAGGCCAAAUGUUUCGAAGAAGGGGAUUUCAACACCAAAUACUUCCACAGUUUGAUUAGAGAAAGGAAAAGAAGACUGCAAUUGCACAGAAUUAAGGAUCAUAUAGAUAAUUGGGUCCAAGGUGAUGAAGAGAUUAACAAGGCUGCUAUACACCACUACAACAUGAUUUUCAACCUCCAACAUCAAUUUACUGAUAAUAGCAUUCUGGACAACAUACAAAGGGUCAUUACUGAGGAGGAGAACUCUUUACUAACCAUUAUGCCUGGUCUUGAGGAAAUUAAAAAUGUUGUGUUUAGCAUGAGUUCGGAUAGUUCCUCUGGUCCAGAUGGUUACAGUGGCGUAUUUUAUCAUAAGUGCUGGGAGGUGAUCAAAUAUGACAUUCAAAAUUUUGUCCAGGACUUCUUCAUAGGCAAAAACCUUACUAAGUUUUUCUCACAUACCUGCCUUGUUCUUAUUAUCACUAAAAUUCAUUCUAAAAGGCUUAAUCCCCUUCUAGACAAGAUCAUCUCGGAUAACCAAAGUGUUUUUGUUAAAGGUAGGAUGAUCACUGAGAAUGUGCUACUAGCCCAAGAGUUAUCUCGAGAGAUUAAACAAGACAAUAUAGGGGGUAACAUGAUCACCAAGUGGGACAUGGCCAAAGCCUACGACAAGAUGUCAUGGAAGUUCCUAAUGGCGGUUAUGAGAAAGUUCAGCUUCUCUGAGGAAUGGUUAGACAUCAUUUGGAGACUUUUGUCAAACGUGUGGUACUCUAUUAUCAUUAAUGGUGCCAAGAUAGGCUUUUUCUCUUCUAGUCAGGGUUGGAAUUCCAAAUCAAUCAAGCUUGUUUUGAAACAAGUGAAGACAUAUGAAAAAGCAUAUGGCCAGAAAGUGAACCAAGAAAAAAGCUUUUUCAUCACAGCUCCUAAUACUUCUGCAAGUAGAAUCAAUAGGAUGAGAUCUGCCUCUGGGUUUAUGGACAAGAACUUUCCGUUCACCUACUUGGGAUGUCCAAUCUAUCAUGGGAGGAAAAAAAUAUGCUACUUUGAGGGCAUGCUAGCAAAGAUUGUUAAAAAAUUGAAUGGGUCGCAGAGUAAAAUGCUUUCGUACGGGGGAAAGAUGGUUUUGAUCAAAAGUGUACUACAAUCGAUGCCUACAUAUACUCUUUCAGCUAUGAAUCCUCUAAAAGGAACUCUAACUCUUAUUGAAAUACACUUUGCAAAUUUUCUUUGGGGAAGGAAAGAAGGCAAAGACAAAGCGAAGUACUGUAAAAGAUCCCAUCCCGUCUCUAAAGCCAUUGCUUCCUGUGACUCUCAUGCCUGGAAAAAUAUGUUAAAGAUCAGAGACCAGGCUGAGCCAAAUAUCAUUAGGAUUAUUCAAUCAGGGAGUUCUAGUUUUUGGUGGGAUAAUUGGACAGGCAAAGGUGCUCUAGCCAAGUUAUCUCCUGGACGUGGAAAAAGUUCUAAAAUCUUUGUGAAACAAUUCAUUGUUAAUGGUGGCUGGAAUAUUGUGAAGUUGAGGCAAACUCUUCCCGAUCAGCUUAUAAACGACAUAACGGGGAUCCACAUAGGCAACAAUGAUGAUAAUGACUACCCAAUGUGGAAAUCUACCGACAAUGGUCUCUUUACUAACAAGGCUGCCUGGGAACUUUACAGAACCCAUAAACCAAAGAACGAAUUCAUGAACAAGAUUUGGCACUCGAAAGUUCCUUUCAAAGUUUCCUUUUUGACUUGGAGAAUCAUUAAAAAAAUUGCCUUUUCAAGAUACUUUAUAUAG